AUGUAUAACCAAACAGGUAUUUUAGGUUCUAUUAAAGAAAAAACUGUUACUGAACCAGCAAUACCACCCUCCUCUUCUAAUAUCAAUCAAACCCCAGAAAAAAAUAACAUCGGUUUUCCUAAACCUAUUCAUAGAAGUUUAUUCAAGCAAAGAUUGCAUAAUAAGAAUAAGAAUACUGUAAAGGAAACUCUAAAUUCCACUACUACUAAUGUAGACUUCACGUCAAAUAAAAAAAAUAAUGAUACAAAAUUAUUUGAAAAAGAUUAUUUUGAAAUUGACAAUGAAAACAAUAAAACAAUUGCUAAUAUGUCUGAGGAUGAGAUUUUAGAAACAAUUGAAAUGUUAAAAAAAACAUUGAGACCAGGAUUUAUUGAAAAGAUUACAAAUAAAAAGCCUUUAUUGGAACGAAUACCAUUAGAAGAAAAUUAUCAACAUCAAAAUCAACAUAAUGACAACAAUAAUGAGGAUGAAAAUUAUGAGAAAUCAUAUCAAUUGGAUCUUGCUGUGGCUGAAGAUCUUAAAAAAAGAGAAAAACAUGUCCAUUUUGCAGAAUCAAUUGAGAAUAUCAAAGAAAGUAAAUCUAGUGUCUUGAUUAAGCAGGAAGACAUUGGUGAUGAUGAUUCAACACCAAUUAAAAUGAAAGAAAAAUUUUUCUCAGAUGUAUCAUUUGAAUCUGAAAAAUUAGAAUGGAUGGGUGUCAAAGGAGGAGGGACUGCACCAUACAUUCCUACAAAAAAUGAUCCACAUGCUGCAUUCUUCAGAUUUGAUUUUUCUGGAAAUAUAAUAGAAAAAAAUAUUGAAGUUCCAACUUACAUGGGACUUCAUCACCAUGGAGAUGAGCCUGAUAGAGCUGGAUACACUAUAUCUGAAUUACUUCAUUUGACAAGAAGUGUUGUACCAAGUCAAAAGAUUAUUCCUUUGAAUAUCAUUGGUAGGAUAAUGAGAAAGGUAAGAAAGGGCCUUUAUGGUUUUGAAAAUAGCAAAGGAAUAGCUGACUGGGUGAUCAAAAUGAAAAUGCCUGUUUAUUUGAGGGUUGCAUUAGAUGACAAAGCAGAGGCUGUUAUAGUAGCUGCCAUUGACACAAUAUCUGCUUGGGUUAUUGGGUCUAUAAAAGAUCAUUAUGAAGAGGAGGAAAAUUUAUGGUAUUGUUUUGGUAAUUUGUAUCGGGGAUAUGAAUCAUGCUCAUUUUUGGAGAAUAAGAUAACUCAAACAUCUAAAGAGUUUGGAUAUGAGAUAACUUUACAACAAGAUGAUGAUGAUGAAUUAAAUAAUAAUGGUUCUGAUGGUAACAAUAUGUUUGAUAAUCAUGUUAACCUUGCAAAAAAAGAUCUUGUUUCAGGAUUAAUAUCUAUGAACAUUUUACAACGAUUAAAAUAUCUUUUAGAUGUUUUCAAUUUACCACAAAUCACAAAUGAUCAAAUUUUACUUAUGCUUGUUUGUUUUGCUCGACAUUCUAGAAUAACAGCAAAUGCUAUUUAUAAAAGUCCUGAAUUAGUGGAUGUCAUUCACAGGAAAUUCAUAUGCUUAUCUUGGCCUGUUGUUGUGAAUGAUGGUGACUCACCUUCAUCAGAUCAUAAAAAUCUUCCAAAUUUAUCAGCAUUCAAGCUUUUACGUGCCUUAUGUGUAUCUUCAAUUGAAAUAAGUCGUAAUAUUAAAGAAAAAUAUGUUGGAACAUUGUUAAGAUAUAUGCUUAUUGACCCAUCAACUUUGUCAAAUCAAUUUGAGAUAAUAAUUGGAUAUGAUAUUUUCUAUGAAGUUCUUCGUAUUUAUCAUACUUUGGUUGCAUAUGGACUUUAUCACGAAAUUUUUUCACAAUUGUAUACAGUAUUUAGUGGUCAUUUAAUGAAAGAAUUUAAUAUUGCAACUGCAUUCUUUAGGUUAUUAGAAGUAUGGAUGAGGAACCAUGGACAACACCACUAUCAUGAACAUCAAACUGGGGCUCAACCAAGUGAGUUUGUAAAGGAUGCAACUGACUUUGUAGAAAGUUUAAUUACAAGUUUUCCAUUGAUAUCAUCAUCAUCAUCAACCGAUGGCAAUCAUUGUGAAAUAUUCUCUGAGCACAAAUUAGAUUCAGCACAUAUGGAAAAAACUUUGAUUUUAUUAUCAAGUAUUGUUAGUUAUAUUGCAUCUUGGUGUAAAUAUCUUUGUAGAUAUAAAUUGAAAGAUACUAGUGAAAUCAAAAGAAUUUGGGAAAAAUUAAGGCUAUUUUGUUUUACUUCCACCAAUAUUAACAAAUACUUGAAUCAAAAAUUAAAAUUUUCCAUAAAAGAAUUUCAAAAUAUAACAACAUCUGAUAAAGAUGAUAAACAUGAUAAAUGGCAAAUAUCUAAUUUACCAGGAAUUUAUUAUCCAACAACUUUUGACUAUUCCACGAAAUUAUUAAAAAUAUCAAUAUUUCUAGAUUUAUAUUUAUCUUUUGUGUCUUUAAUAAAUUAUUCUACUAGAUUAUUUAAAGAAGACAAAGGGGAUUUCACAAAUGUUGCAUUACAUAGAAUGAAUACAUAUUUACAAUAUGAAUGGUCAUGUAGUAUUGAUUUUCUUUUGGAUUGUCCUCAAAACACGGUAGCAAGUAAUCUUAAAUAUCAACAUUCAAUCAAAUCAUUACAGGUGAAAUUAAUUCUUAUUGCUGAUAUUUUACCUGGUGAUGAAAUGUUGGCAUUGGAUACUCAUAGAAAAAUAAUGGAAGUAAUUAUUAAGAAUUCAAGUGAUUCAGGUGAAACUGGAAAGAUUGUAAAAUUUCUUGACUCAUUUUAUAGGGAUAGAAUUGUUUCCAAGCUUUUAAAGAAAAACAAAGAAUUUCAAAAAGAUGGUGAUGAACAAGAAGAAGAGAGUUUAUUAAUUGAUGUUAUUAAUGAAAAGGGUAGUUUGCCAUUGUUACAAUCAUAUUUGUUUUCACCAAUUGAUAUACUUUAUUUCAAAAGUUCAGAUUUGGUACUAGAUCAAGAAGUCAAAAAUGAGAUUGUGAAAGGUUGCUUGAAACUCACAUGUCAAAUAAGGGAUAUCUUUAGUGGCAACAGUUUACCAAUAAAGAAUUAUAUAAUUGAGCCACAUUUUUUAGCAUUAUCAUUGAUGAAAAUAUUUUUAUUAGAGGAUGAAAUAUACAGAGAUCCAAGUGUUGAGGUUUUAAUAGAAGAAUUGCUUGAGAAAUUUACCCUGAAAAAAAGAAUUGAAAAUAUUAGUAAUGAUGAUAUUGGUAGCAGUGGCAGUAGCAGUAAUGAUAGUAAUUUAUUAACUACAUUUUAUCAAACACUAGAACAAAUAGAAAUCAAAUCAUUAUUAAAAUCAACAUUUUAUCAAUUCUAUCAAGAUUUUAUAGAUAAUUAUGUAUCAGAAUCAUUUGGAAACAAAUAUUAUACACAACUUUUACUUUUACCAAUUUCAUCCAAAUAUUCCACCAAUUUCAAAUUAUUAUUUUGGAAUAAAAAUGAACUAUUGGAAAUAUUUAGUCAACCACUAAAGAUCAAAUAUGAUGAAUUAGUGUGUAUUGAUGAUGGUGAUUUUAUUAAAUGUUUUUUAUCAUAUUUUUAUCCCAUUGAAGAAAAUUUAGUUAUUAUGACUGCAUUUGUAAAGGCUUUGAUUUAUAUUGGAGCCAAAAAAAAAGAUUAUUGUAACUCAUCAAUUUUGUAUUGGAUGAUUAUUCAUCAUUUGAAUGGGUCAAUAUUUGAACAAAAUGUUAUCAUCAAUAAUAAUGAAGAAGAUCAAGGUGGAGAUUUUUUUUCAAUUAAGGAUUCAAUUGGAAAAAAACCAAAUCAUUAUAAAAUAUCACCUUUAAAUUUUUUUAAUCAAACAACUAAUGAGGAAGCAAAUAAAAGAAUAGAAUUGUUAAAAUUGGUUGGAGUUACCAAUGAAGAAUUUUAUAAACAACGUUAUGUCAAAAGUCUUGAUCCUGAUCAAUUGAAAGGCGUUGCUGUUAGUCCAUCAAAUUUACAAAAAAAUUGCAAACCAAUGGCCGUUACAUCCGAUGGUUUUCCGAUUUAUCCUUGUGGCUUGAUUGCUAACUCCCAAUUCAAUGAUACAAUCAGUAAUCUCUCACUUUUAAGCGAAUCAAAUCUUGAUGUUAUUGAAGGAUCGUAUAACUUUAGUCAAAGUGGUAUAGCAUGGCCAUCUGACAGACAAAAAUAUGGCAAAACAACUUAUGACUACAGUCAAAUACGUCCACCACCCGAUUGGGCUGAUAGAUAUCCUAAUGGUACUUACACAGCUGAAUAUCCACCACCUGACCUUCCAAACGAUGAACUUUUUCAAGUCUGGAUGCGAACAGCUGGUCUACCUAGCUUCAGAAAGCUUUAUGGUAAAAAUGAAAUAGAGCCAUUGAAAGCUGGAACCUAUGAAGUUAUAAUUGAAUACAAAUUUCCUGUUACUAGAUAUGGUGGAACCAAGUCAUUUGUAAUUUCCACUGUAUCAUUCCUUGGUGGUAAAAAUCCUUUCUUGGGAUUCGCUUAUAUUGGAGUUGGUAUUCUUUGUGUGCUACUUGGAUGUGCAUUUACUGCUAGACAUUUAUACAAACCAAGAAAACUGGGUGAUCAUGCUUAUUUGUCUUGGAAUAAUCCUACGCCUACAAACAACCAAUAA